GCGCAUUUGGCCCAUAUUGAUCCCUAGCGUCUCCUGCAUCUCGUCCUCGUCCUCGAGCAUCAGUGAGUCUGUGGAGCACAACAAUAUCACUGGUCCUGGGUGAAAUAUGGGCAGUGUGCUGGCGCGAGUGGUGCUUGCGGUGCGAAGCUAGUGGCAGGCUACUCUGUCUACCUGUGCUGCGGUGGGCGUGUGGGGGUCGUUCCUUGUGGUAUGACGGCCAAGUCCGGAGGAUUGUCCCACAAGACAUGAACUGUUCCGUAACUAGCUAGGAUGGUUUCGUGCGAACAAGUGCUGGCUCUUCUGGCCAAAGCCUUCGUCCUCAUCACCAUGCUACCGGGUUCGGAGCAGGGAGCGCACGAGAAGCGACUCCUGAAGAACCUUCUGGACGAGUACAACAUUCUGGAGAGACCCGUGGCCAACGAGUCGGAACCUUUGGAAGUCAAAUUCGGCCUAACUUUGCAGCAAAUUAUCGACGUGGACGAAAAGAAUCAGAUUCUCACGACAAACGCGUGGUUGAAUUUGGACGAGAAGAAUCAACUCCUAAUAACAAAUAUUUGGCUUUCUUUGGAAUGGAACGAUUACAAUCUCCGAUGGAACGAGUCUGAAUAUGGGGGAGUCAAAGAUUUGCGUAUAACUCCGAAUAAACUAUGGAAACCCGACGUGCUGAUGUAUAACAGUGCUGAUGAGGGUUUCGACGGGACUUUCCAAACAAACGUUGUGGUCAAACAUAACGGCAGCUGCUUGUACGUCCCUCCGGGUAUCUUCAAGAGCACAUGCAAGAUAGACAUUACGUGGUUCCCCUUUGAUGACCAACACUGUGACAUGAAGUUUGGUAGCUGGACCUAUGACGGCAACCAGCUGGACCUGGUGUUGAAUUCGGAAAACGGCGGAGACCUUUCGGAUUUCAUAACGAACGGUGAAUGGUAUUUAAUAGGAAUGCCCGGAAAGAAGAACACUAUCGUAUACCAGUGCUGCCCGGAACCGUACGUCGACGUCACCUUCACCAUCCAGAUCCGCAGAAGAACGUUAUACUAUUUCUUCAAUCUCAUAGUUCCUUGCGUGCUGAUCUCCUCCAUGGCACUACUGGGCUUCACAUUACCUCCGGAUUCUGGAGAGAAGCUCACCCUAGGUGUCACCAUACUACUUUCAUUGACUGUAUUUCUCAACCUAGUAGCUGAAAAGAUACCAACCACGUCUGAUGCAGUUCCUUUGAUAGGCACUUACUUCAACUGCAUUAUGUUCAUGGUAGCAUCAUCUGUGGUGCUAACUGUAGUUGUACUGAACUACCACCAUCGAACGGCGGACAUCCAUGAAAUGCCGCAAUGGAUAAAAACUGUGUUCCUGCAAUGGUUGCCGUGGAUAUUGGGGAUGGGUCGUCCCGGCAAGAAGAUAACACGCAAAACGAUCCUGAUGAACAGCAGGAUGAAGGAGCUUGAACUCAAGGAGCGAUCGUCAAAGAGUCUUUUGGCGAACGUCCUGGACAUCGACGACGACUUCCGGAACGUUUCGGCGGGUGGGAACAACGCAUCCAUGACUACUAGCUUAGGCGGCGGAUUCAUGCGACAUCCUACUACUAUCGAGGAAGCUGCGAUGCCUUCAUCCGGCACCCAAAGAGACCUGCAACAUAUACUGCGUGAACUGCAGUUCAUCACGAACCACAUGAAGAAAGCGGACGAAGAGGCCGAAGUAAUAAGUGACUGGAAAUUCGCUGCCAUGGUAGUGGACAGGUUCUGCCUCAUCAUAUUCACCAUGUUCACAAUCAUAGCAACGGUAGCAGUCCUCCUCUCGGCACCUCACAUCAUCGUCCAGUAGGGACGAACCUGCAACACUGCAGAUUCAAUACUAUUUUAUAGUAACGUAAUUAACCGCUAGAUAGACUAUAUAUAUAUAUAUAAUAUAUAUAUAUCUAUAUAUAAAGAUAAUAUACAUAUAUAAUAUAUUGAUAUAUAUAUAUGAACGUUUACUGUGAUACAAAAGCAGCGUAUCGUGUCGGCACAGCAGUAAUUGUGCCUUCCAAACGGAACAUUCACGAGCUGUUGCAAACAACUAAAAGGCAGGCAUGUGCUAGAAAUCGCUCCAACUGCUGCGUGUACUGCAGACGAUGUAUACUAGUAGUGGACUAACCUUGGAUGAAGAUGAGGAUGAAGAAGAAGAAGAAGUCAACAUCUGCAAGUCAAGAUCGUCAACGAUGAAGUCUACGACAGUACCAAAGAAGAGAAGAUACGUUCAAUCACUAAAGAUAACUCCACUCUAGACAUCGUACGUUACUUAGUCAGAUAAUAACCAUGUAAUCUAUUAAGAUAUAUAAGAAUGAUGAGCCCUUCCAUCGCCGUUGCAAUGUGUUGAACCCCUCCAGGAUUAACAGCCCUAACGUAGCAACAAUGAGAAACGAUUCCCUGAGGGACGGGUAAGUGUCGCCAUCAGAUGGUACGGCCGAGUCAUCUGCCGUGCCAUGCACCCCCGUCCUUUUGGGUCAGGACCUCUCAUUGAUCCCAUCGUGGGGCCAUUCCGGAUGGGUCCAAUGCGUGCUCUGACUUCGAAGGGCUUCGUCACACAUAGAUGAUUAAAGUACUCUUAGUUCGAGGUA